AUGGCAAUUUAUUCAGAUGAAGUGAAGGCGUUAAAAUUGAAGAUGUUGGUCAAGACGACCGCUAUAAAGCUUAAGGAUUUGAAUACUGAAAAACUUAACUGGUUCAAAUGUGUAAUAGAAAUAUCAAAGGGUAACGAUAACGUAUUGGCGGAUACAAAGCGGAAGCUUUGGUAUUUUAAUGGCGGAAUCGCUUCACCUCAAACACCAUUUUUUGCUGAUAACUCUGAAGAUAAGGUAAAAAUUUCUCCUGAAAAACGCCUUACGGUUCCAGCCGACUUGGAUUCAGAAUAUAAACAUUUAAUGGAUUCUUCUUGUUAUAAAAACCCUCGUCUUCGACUAACCAUAGAUAUAGUUCGUGAUGAACUUGAAAUUCUAUUGGAUAUACAAUACGAAUCUAUACGCGGAAGCUUUCGAAUAAUACGUAAGAAAAGAAGGGCCGAAGCAAAUCAAGCAAGAUAUCUACUUGGUUGGUACCUUCUUGAUGGACAAGAGGGUGUGCUUCAAGAUGAACUUGAUGCUAUAAAAUAUUUACGGCAGGUUUCUGAUGAUCUGCCAGUUGGUACUUAUACUGCCGCAGCGCAAUAUUUGUACGCGCGGACGUGUUUGAAUGGACUUGAAUACUUAGAAAAGGCCGUAAAAGCACGUGAUAAGAAUGCAUUGUUUUGGUAUGCUGAUAUUUUACUAAAUGGCGAACAUGAUGUACCAAUCGAUAUUAAGGAUGCCGAGAGAUAUUUUAGAGAGACUAACAGACCAGAUGCAGAAUCUGCAUUAGAGAAACUAAAAGCUAAGAUUGAAAGCGGUUAG